AUGAACACCCCAUCCACCUCCACCUCCACCCCCGUUGAUCCCAACCGUCCCUCGAAGCUCAGCAUCGUCCCCUCCUCCCGCUCCACUCUCCAACUUCGUCGACCUACAAAGAAAGAAACCUCCCAUAAAGACCCGCCCCGGACAGAUGAAGUCGACGCAGAAUUCGAUGAAGACGACGAGGAAGUCGAACAUGAACAGGAUAUCGAUACGUAUGGGAUCGCGGGGAGGUCAGUUUGGUGUUCCGUCCUUCGCAACAAGUGGGGGUUAGCUCACGCUCUCUCUCUCUCUCCUAAAUUUUCUUACGUGACAGGACAUGGGAAGCCGCCUACCUAAUGAAACGCUACUGCAAACCACCAUACGUACCCACCUCCAUACCCUCCACCUCCAAACUCGUGUUCGAACCCCUCUGCCCUCUAUUCGUCCAACCUUCAACGACCGAAGACUCUUCCUCCCCCCCUCCCUCACAAAGAACGAAGCAGCGAAAACGAACGCUCGUCGAAAUCGGUUCUGGAACGGGGUACCUCUCCCUCCACCUCCUUCCCUUUCUGAAAGAGUCGGAUAGGUUGAUCGUCACGGACCUUCCGGAAGUGUGUCCUUUAUUACGCACGAACCUAGGUAUUUCGGUCACCGAGGAGGGGCAAGAGGGAAAGGGCAACGGGAAGGCCAAAGGUUCCCAUGUUCAGACUACGUUGGGGGAUGUCAAAGUGAGACCCUUACCUUGGGGCGAUCAAGAGGCUUUCGAGGAGCUCGAGAACGAAUUCGAUCUUCUUUCCUCGGCCGAUGACGACUCGAACACAGGUCCAGGUCCGGACUUGAUCCUCGCUUCGGACCUCGUCUACUUCCCCUUCCUAUACCCCGGUCUAUUACGCACCUUGAUUUGGUUGACCCAACCGCGGAAAACACCCUCUCGGACGGAUGUGGAUGACACAUCAAGGAAAGGAAACGAUGUUCCCCAAGUCGUGAUCGGGUACAAGAUCCGCAGUUUGCCGAGGGAAGAACCGUUUUGGAAAGCUUUUGGUGAGUUUCAGUUUCGGUGAUCGGGCCCGUCGGACUUUCGUCCAGGAUCACAGACUCAACUGGGGAGGAGUUACAGGCAUUUGGUUCGAAUUCGAACCCGUGUACUACCGACCCAUCGCCACCUCAGCCCAAGACCCAAACACCACUCUCCCCUCUCCCGCCGCCGACGAAGAUCACUGGCAUCGUUUCGGUGAAACCUCCGAAGGCCAAGACCAGCUCUUCAUAUUCGUAUGCACUCGCAGACCCAAGACUUACACUUGGGACGUCCCGAAAGAGGAUGAGGCGUUGAUGAAUGGUUUAGGGUCGGAUGAUCAGUUCGAGACCUUGUUGUUGCUGGGGAUGGAGUGCUGA